AUGAGAAGGAGGAGGAGGAGGAGGUUGAGAACGGGCAGCUUGGCUUCCCCGGUGGGUCAAGGAUCCAUGCUGCUCUUCUUCUUUCCAACCCUGACCCGAUACUCCACCUGCCUCCAGCGUCCAAAAGGCCAGGCUGAAAGCCGACUGAAGGAAAACACCUCCAGGUAUCUGAAGCUGUUGGAGGACAGACUGCACAGCUGUGGCUGUCCCGGUCUGGAGCGGAUCUGGGAGGCCGACCUGGAGGCGUGUCACCUGUUCCUGCGAGGCCUCCAGCUGCGGACCCCGAGCUGCAGCGGGGCGGAGGACCUCGAGGACCUCUCUACAACGGCUCAUCCUCCGACCCAGCCGAGCACCAAAGAAGAAGAAGACUGCGCCAUGCUGACGGCGCUGGGUGGGCGCUGGUGUCCCGAGGCGAACUUACAGAACUCAGAGUUCACCAAGAAACUGGAGGAGUUUUUGUUCUGCAUGGAGGAGAAUCAGCCCGAGGACGUCUGUGCCGACGCCGAGGCUGCAGACCUGACGGAGCGCUGCGAGCUGAUCAGUGACAGACUCGUGACCUUGGAAGAUGAAUUGCAGACGGCCAUACUGAACCAGGAUCAGGCCCUCACCCAGUCUUUAGAGAAGGAGGUCCAGGACGUGAAGGCAGCUCUGCAGACCAUGCUCGCUCAGCUCCGAGAGGAGGAAGAGGAAGAUGACCUCAUGAAGAACGAGACUGAGGAAGAAGAACAGGAAGAGGAUGAAGAGGAGGAGGAGGAGGAGGAGGAGGAGGAGGAUCAGUACUUCAGUGACAGCUGGGGCAUUUGAAACGGACGCUCAAAGGUUCCCUGAGCCUCUCUCUGAGUGUGACCUCGUCUCUGCAGUGCAGCUGACCUCAGAUCCAUUUAGAGGCUGGCUCGCAGAGCUGCAGGACGAGUCUCUGAGGGUCCACUCAAAGCCUCAGAGGACUAGCUUUUACUGCAUCCACAAGAGGAAGAAACUUUAUACAAACUUUAACUUUGAGACACUUUAAUGCAAACUUCAGAGAUCUCACCAGCCCGUGUUUCAGCACACAGAGUGCCUUUAAGAGCGUGAUGCAUCAAACAUGACGUCACACACUGUUGUUAAUGUUUUCAUUGAUUCAACAUGCUCAUAAAUAUCAAAAUACUAUGUUUGAAAAUGUUACUUCAAUCAUGGAAACAUUCGGUAAGUCGAUGAAAAGGACAAAUCAGAAACUUUCUUUUUUUAUUUUAAUCUUUAGUUUUUUUGUUUUUAAGGAUAAAAGUUUAAUAUUUGAAUCCUUCAGUUUGGUUUAAGAUACGGUGGCCAUGAAGGAAAACUAAACUAACAUUUACUGAACCCAAAAACACAGAAACUUUUCACAGACUGUAAAAAUGAGAGAAAUUUAACUUUUCAUUUAAUCCCAAAACAUUUCACAAAAGUAAACCACUUACAGAAUUUAAAAUCUUUGUGUUAAAUACUUUACAUGUCAGGACAUAACUUUGUGCAUGAACAGUUUUUUAUUUUGUGGUUUCGUGAAAUGUAAGUUAAGUUUCUAAUUUAACAAAAAAUGUUUUGUUUUUUUAAGUUAUAUUUUUGUGGGGAAAUUUUGCCUUAAUGGAUAGGACAGCUGAAGAAAGACAGGAAAUGUGGGGAGUAGAGAGAGGGUGAAGACAUGUAGUAAAUGGUUGACCAGCCAGGAGUCAAACUGGUGACCUCUGCGACAAGGACUAUAGCCUCAGUACGUGGGACACUUAGACCGCUAGGCCACCAGCACCCCAAUCCAAAUUUUUCACAGUCAAAUCUGUAAAUUAAUUCAUUUUUCUUUCAAAUCUUAAAAUUCACACAAUUUAAAAUAUUUUUCCUUUAGUGAAAUAAUUGUGUUUUCCAUAAACAGAGAAGGAAGAAUCAUUUAAAAUACUGUAAAAGCUCUUUUAUCUGUUAACCCCGCCCUGCCAGACUUCCAUAAGAGAGUUCAGCUCAGUUUAACGUUCAGAGACUCGUGCCGCUCACACGUCUUAGACUGAGGAGUCUGUUUAACCAAAGCAGCACUUCAUCAGGUUUAUUUACUAAAACUUCACCACAGGCUUCCCUGAACGCAUGACGACCUAACGAGGGAGAGAAGACGUUAAAAAGCGCCGCCAUGUAUCCGGCGUGCUCUGUGCAGGGAAUCAGCCGAUAGCUUGUUCUGGGUAAAAUACCGUAACACGAUAAUAGGGGUGACCCCAAAUAGUCGAAUAUUGGACGAUUGGUUCUAACGAGCCUUAGUCGACUGCCAAUCUCAUAGUUGAAUAUCUGCA